AAGAAUAAAAAAAUAAUCAUCAUUAAGUGUCCACUCCGCACCUCCGUGACACCGAAUCCGUUCGUGUCAUGAUUUAUACAAUCGUGCCGUGACAGUAAUAAAUAAUAAGAAUAACGUACGAUAUCUGUGAUUGACAGAUAAAAUAGUUGACAAAAUUCGAGAUACACACAUGCAAUCUCGACUUAUGUUAUAUGUAAAUCAGGCUAAACUAACAAUUCAAUGAUUCGCAUCACAUAAUAAUACGUAAUAUUUACUGGAAUACUAUUGCCUCCUCCUUAUAAGUAGUGUAACAACGGAACGAAAGAUAAGUACUUAUGUACAAUCAAUGCAGUUCAUAUGCAUGUACUCUACUCAUGGUGUUACUUUUAUCUCAAAAAAAUGUGACAAUUGACUUUGACUUAUCUUAACUCAUACGGCGACUAUACACAUCCAUAAAUACCUCAUCAAUCUAUAUGCGACUUUUUAAUACGUGUCGUGCCCUUCUCCGUCAACUCGUAUCGUGUCCUUUCUACCUCUUCCGACGACACUGUUGUAGCCGAAAUCAUCGUCAUAAUCUUGCAGACAGCAGGCCCCUCUUGGGACGGUCGAGGACCAGUAAUUUAUCUGCUGGUGGGGGUCACUGUUUCGACAUGGCGUGUUGUGCCUCGGGGGACAAACAGUUCCAAAAUGUGUUGCUGUUAAGUAUUUCAUUCAUGCUAAUUUUUACGUCAUUCCAGACGAUGGGAAACAUUGAGCAGACCGUGUUGAAAAGUAUUCAAAACGACACGCCAGGAUUUAAUGGGGAUGGGUACACUUCAUUGUCGAUAAUUUAUGGAGUAUUUUCCAUAUCUAAUUGGCUCGCACCGUCAAUCGUGGCGUUAUUUACGGCAAAGUAUUCCAUGAUUUUUGGGGCCGUGUUAUACACAGCGUUCAUCGCCAGUUUCCUUUACCCUUUGACAUGGCUGCUAUAUUUGAUGUCGGCCGUGUUAGGAUUCGGGGCGGCUGUGAUAUGGACCGCUCAAGGGAGUUAUCUUACCCUGUGUUCAAACGAAAUUACAAUGUCGCGAAAUUCUGGCAUGUUUUGGGCCAUUUUACAAAGCAGUAUGUUUUUUGGAAAUUCCUUCGUGUUUUGGCAAUUCGAGGGCAAGCAAGAUAUCGACAGAUAUACUCGCAAUCUCGUAUUCAGCGUCUUAACGGGCGUCGCCGUUGUGGGAGUUGCCGUCAUGUGCCUUUUACGAACUCCGCAAUCGGAUGAUGACCAGGCGGUACGACCCCCUCCUUCCGACGUGCCGCAAGAAGGCGCUCUUACCGCUCUUAAACAAGCCGUCCAGCUCUUCACCCGCCCAAACAUGAUCCUCCUCGCCUUCACGUUUUUCUACACGGGAAUCGAGCUGUCUUUCUUCAGCGGCGUUUACUCCACGUCGGUCGGAUUUACAAAUAGAUUUCCGGAAGCGAAGAGAUUGGUCGGCCUUUGUGGGAUUCUGGUCGGUCUGGGAGAAGUAUCAGGUGGAGCGAUUUUCGGCCUUUUAGGCUCCAGAACGGUGAAGCAUGGACGAGAUCCUAUAAUCUUACUAGGCUUCUUGUCACAUACGGUCGCGUAUUACUGCGUUUUUAUUAAUUUGCCGGAUUUGUCACCGUUAAACCCUACGGAUCAAGUCUCUUAUUUAAGGCCUCCUUCAGUCAUCCUUGUAAUGCUGUGUGCAUUUUUAAUGGGUUUCGGAGACUCAUGUUACAAUACCCAGAUUUACUCCAUACUCGGUGGAUUAUAUCCGGACAAAUCUGCUCCAGCUUUUGCCUUAUUUAAAUUCACCCAAUCCGCCGCUGCUGCGACUUCAUUUUACUACAGUUCCAUCCUCACGCUCAGAAUUCAGUUGGCAAUCCUCCAAACAUUUUGUGUUUUAGGGACGCUAACGUUUUUCCAGGUGGAGUGGGCUUCCGUCAAAAAAGCGGCGUCCGUCCAAACUCCGGGAGAGUCCUGUGUCGAGGAAGAAGACGAAACUGAAGGAUCGACUCGUUACGCAAAAGACUAAUCAGAGAAGCAACAAUACAGAUAUCCUAAGUCAUAAUAUUUUAUAAAUGUGUAUGCUGUUAACUAAGUCACUAUUUAAAUAACUACAAUAUCUACAUGAUGCAACAUUCCGCAUUUUGUAUUCCUUAUUACCGGAAAUAAAUAAGAUCAAAAUAAUUUGUAAAUAAACACAAACUGAACUACCUGA